CGCCCCUCUGGACCCCGGCCUGGGUGCGCCCUGGGAGGCCGGGUGGGAGGGGCCGACCCGGGCUCCCCCCGCCCCUCCCAGCGGGUCCCGCCGCUUCCGCUCGCCCUGGGGCCGCCGGAGGAGCCAGGACGCGCUGCCUAGGCUCUACAUCAGCGCUGGAGAAACUGAGGCCUGGGGUGGCGAAGUCGCCAGCCCAGCAACCCCCCAGCCUCCCUCCUCUUUCUGCGUCAUCUUCAUCAGUGGCCCCUUUCCAUCUGCAGACCAGCCUGGCACUCCAUCCCACACCUUCUGCUCAUGAGGCCAUGAGGCUACGGCUGGACCAGGGCCAAGUCACCCCUCCUCACCCCUCCUCAAUCCAGGGGCUCCCUGCUGCUGAGGCUCUGGGAGCUGAGGGGGCCCUGGAGGGACCUGGCCCCUGACCCACCCCAUCUCUGCAAGGUCUCAGAGUCCUGACUGACCCCAGCUGGUCCCCACUGCACAAAUGGGGAAAUUGAGGCCUGGACUCCACCCCUUCUGGAACCUCCUGCUCCUGCUGUGGACCCUCCUGAACUGUAGUUUGGGUAGCAGUGCUCAGGGUUCAGGCGAGUGGACGCUGUGGGGUUCCUGGAGCCCCUGUUCCAGCUCCUGUGGGCGGGGUCUCUCUGUACGAAGCCGCCGCUGCAUCCGAUUUCCCAGGGAAGAGCUGUGCUGGGGGAACACCCAUGAGUACCGCCUCUGCCAGUUGCCGGACUGUCCCCCAGGGGCCGUGCUCUUCAGAGACCUCCAGUGUGCCCUCUACAAUGGCCACCCUGUCCUGGGCCCCCAGAAGACCUACCAAUGGGUACCCUUUUAUGGCGCGCCCAACCAGUGUGACCUCAACUGUCUGGCUGUGGGUCACGCCUUCUACCACAGCUUCGGACGCGUCCUGGAUGGCACCCCCUGCAGCCCGGGUAGUCUGGGCCUCUGCGUGGCUGGCCGCUGCCUGAGCGCCGGCUGUGACGGUUUGAUGGGUUCAGACGCCCGCGAGGACCACUGCGGCCGCUGCGGCGGCGCCAAUGACUCGUGCCUCUUUGUGCAGCGCGUGUUUCGUGAUGCCGGAGCCUUCGCUGGCUACUGGAACGUGACCCUGAUACCCGAGGGCGCCAGACACAUCCGCGCCGUCCACCGGAGCCGCAAUCACCUGGCGUUGAUGGUGAGCGACGGGAGCUACGUGCUCAAUGGGAACUGGGCGGUCAGCCCGCCGGGGACCUACGAGGCAGCAGGCACCCGCGUGGUCUACACCCGCGCAACAGGGCCAGAGGAAACGCUGCAUGCGGCCGGACCCACCUCCCAAGACCUACUCCUGCAGGUCCUCCUGCAGGAGCCCAACCCUGGCAUUGAGUUUGAGUUCUGGCUCCCUCGGGAACGCUAUGGCCCCUUCCAGGAGCAGGCACAGGCCCUGAGCUGGUCCUUGCGACAGCCACAACCUCGGGAGGUGGAACCUCAGCCCCCUGAGACCCCUGUAGCGCCUGCUGCCAUUCCCCCACGGACCCUAACCCCCUCCGCAGACCCCUGCCCACCCUGCCCUGACACCCGUGGUCGUGCCCACCGGCUGCUCCACUAUUGCGGCAGCGACUUUGUGUUCCGGGCUCGAGUGCUGGGCCGCCUCUACCAGGCUCAGGAGACCCGCUAUGAGGUGCGUGUGCAGCUUGUCUACAAGAACCGCUCCCCACUGCGGGCCCUGGAGUACGUGUGGGCGCCAGGCCGCUGCCCCUGCCCACCACUGGCCCUCCAUCAAGAGUACCUGCUGGCUGCCCGGCGCCUCGUCAGCUCUGAUGGCACUCAGGACCGGCUGCUGCUGCCUGACGCCGGCUACGCCCGGCCCUGGAGCCCUGCAGAGGACAGUCGUGUACGCCUGGCUGCCCGACACUGUCCUGUCUGAGCCUCCGGAUGAGACCCCUCCACACAGAGCAACAAAGAUGUGCCUGAUCAGCUCAAACUCAACUUAUUUCCCCUCUUGCCCUGGCUUCCAGGGAGCUCAGAAAUAUCUCUCAACUACAGCUAUGUGACCCUCCCUCACACACACUUAGACACCUCGGCAUGUAGUCAGAUCCACUGUCACGAGUAAGCAGGCACUAGUAAGGACACACUGAAUUGCCUCUUUAACUCUUAUUAUUACCUCUCUCACCCUGGCUGCCAGCAAACUCAUAGCUAUCUUAUAUUCAGAACUUUGGGUUUGUUUUUUUUUCCUUGCCUCACACUCACUUGCUUAGAGACACUCUCACAAACAAGCAGGGCCCUGAGGAAAGCGUGCCUAAUGAGACAUUGUAAUGUAUCAGUUUCCCCUCCUGCCCUGGCUGCCGGAAAGCUCAUCACUUUAACUCCCUGACAUUCUGUGCUCUCUCUUCUUGCUGCCACUUACCCGCACAUCCUCAUGUAUUUAGAGACACUACCACAAACAAGCAUUCCCCCUAGAAGACAUGCCUAACCGACACUGUAACAUACUCAUUUCCCCUUUUGCCCUGGCUACCAGGAAGUUCAGAGAUAAUCUUCACAGCCUUAGCAAUUCUGGCUGGGUGCAUACUCGGCCGCAUAGACACAGGGAUGUUAGUCAGAUCGACAACCGCACUCUCACAGCACAUACACACACGUGACUGUACGCGCCCCAUCCCCUCCUCCUGGUCCAGCCCCCACGUCCCCUCAGUAUGUCUGACUCUGUGAGGGGCGUGAGGACAAGGAAUAUAGAAGGAUGGGGGGCUUUUCUAGGUCCCAAGUCUCCUCCCCGUGGCCCCUUCAGAGCCACACGCAGGGGAGCCUCCCAUUGGAGGAGGCAGUCACAGCCCCUGCCCUCAGCCUGUCCCCAUCCUCAUAUGUUCUGAAUAGAGUCUCUUCAUAUAUUCUUUUGGAGCAGGAGGGCCGACCUCGGUCCUACAAGAAUUGGGAGUGUCUUUGGGGUGGCCCAGCAAGCCCUCCCCUAUGGGGGAGGGGUCCUCUUCUGUCUCCCUACCUUGGAUGGGGUGGCUCAAGCUGUCAUUUGGGACAAUCUGCUCUUCUGUACCAUCGUGGUCAUGUUUUUCUCUGGGGCGUGGAUGCUGGCAGUGGGUGAGGGGUACACGAUGUGUGUGUCUUAGAUUUGGAUGGGCUUAGUCCCUGACCUUGCAGAUAACCUUAGGCCAGGCCAGGCCCCUUUCUAGGUGUCAGUUUCCCCAUCUGCAAGUACCCUUUCAGCCCUUCUUGGCUCUGACCAUGGGAAUCACACUCUUUCUGGAGUCCUUCUCUAACUCCUUCAUUCAUUCAUGAGUUCCUCCAAUGGGUAGUUAUUGAGCACUUACUGUAUGCCAGUGGGACAGCAAUGCCUGGGCGGUCCCAAGCCUGGCCCUGUCAUCUCCAGCUGAUGUUAGCGAAUCCUCGGAGUCCCCACUAGCACGGGCAAAGUAAAGCACAGUUCUAGAGGGAAGCGUGGGGGCGGGGCGCCCCCUAGUGGCAGGAUGAGGGAAAAAGUGAGUCAAGGCACCUGCGUUGCCUGCAGACCCCAAGGGCCUUCAUGAACACCCACUUCUCUCAUCAGCACUUGCCUUCCUCAGGAACGCCUUUCCCCACGCACCCACUUCCUUACAGCAGCACCCACCCACAGCUCCAUUCCUCCCACCAUUGGCCCGAAAUUGUCCCCUCUGCCAUGUUGUGUCAGGGAGUGGGGGUCUCAGGCCUCAGCCACAGGGUUCUGUGGGGCAUCCCUGCCGCCUACGCCUGAACCAUCAGGACUGGCUGGGUUAAGACAGGUGCUCCAGGGAGGGGCCAGUGCAAGGUCCUCUCCAGCAGUCAGGGUGGCCUGUGACCACCUGAGCAGUGACUCCUCUUUACAGCCCCUCCUCUGUGUGGCAACAUUGUUUCCAGUAGUGAUCUCCUAAGUCACAGUAAAUAUUACUUUUUUUUCCUCUUUAGCUUUAAAACAAUCUAACCAUUGAAAGAGAAUAAAAUGUUACAAUUCUAAAGAUGCUCAAAUUCUCAACACAGUUCAGAGAGGAGCUAACAUUUGCAUUUGCCACACAAAAAUAUUACACUUACACUGUUUUGUUGUUUUAUAUUGAAACACAAAUAAAAACUCCAGGGGAUUACAUAGAAUGACAGAAACAAAGUGACUGGACAUGUUUUUUUUUGGGGGGUUACAAUUCCUAACCCCCUUUUUUUUAAUAGCAUUUUUUUAAUGUUAUUGGGGAACAGCAUGUUUCUCCUGGGCCCAUCAGCUCCAAGUUGUCAUUCAGUCUA